CGAAAUCGUAUAUUUGAUACUCUUUAGGAUAAUGAAUAUUCAUAAAUUCCUGGAUAUUCAUUUCGCGGCUAAUUCUAAUAUAUGCUAAACAAGAAAGAAAAUAUGCCUGAUGGUAUAUGACGUCAUGAUGACAAAUGGUAAAUCCUAGAUGAAAACGAGACUACCCAGCUGACACUUUCUCUCUCUCUCUCUCUCUCUCUCUCUCUCUCUCUCUCCCUCUCUCUCUCUCUCUCUCUCUCUCUCUCUCUCUCUCUCUCUCUCUCUCUCUCUCUCUCUCUCUCUCUUCUUUAAAGAUGAACGCAAGGCAAUCUGAAAUUGUAAAUAGAGGCCGCAUCUCUUGAACGCGGGAAAGCAAUUUCUCUUCCAGUGAAGUAACCAGAGAGCCGCUCGAUGGUAUUCGGGUGAAUAAGAUGGGAGGAGGGCACCCUGAACGACCGCCCUCGUUCCGGAUGCCCCUUCAAGGUAGUUAAAAUUAAUAUGAAGACCUACAGCUCCCGACAACAAGCUGUAAAACGGCUACAUGCAGUUGGAUUCAUCACAGAACGUUAUCUAAGAGAGGUUGAACAAACGGCAUUGCCAACAUCGCCUCCAGUUCACCUAGUAGUAUGUGGAGGGCGCACUGGAAGCUCCACUGUUGGAUGAGAAAUGAUUGGUAUGUGACAGAUGACAUCUUUGAAACGGCGAGUGGCCAAGUGACCACUAAUAAAUAGGGUGGAUUUUCAUGCAUGGUGUUGUUGAACUCACCGAAAAAGAAGGGAGAUUCCGUUUAGACAAAUAUUUUGCACCUGUUAGGAGAAAUAUUUCUCCCGUCAGCACGUUGCUGUCCUUUGGCCCUUCCCAGAAACAACCCUUUUCGUGCAGGAUAACUGCCCAAUACACACGUCAAGGGCAGUUACGAACUGGUGCGAUGACCAAAAUCACACGGAAGACUUUCCGCGGCCAAGCAAGGCAUGUGGCUCAGACCCGAUGAAACAUGUUUGGCCGAAUAUUGUCAAUGUUUGGGAAACGGCUAAUGAAAGAACCUCACAAUAGCAAAUAGAUCGUGCAAAAAGGAAUGGAAAGUGUUACGAAGGAAACUGGGACCUCACAAUCAGCCGUGGAAGACGACUCAGAUGUGGAUUAUAACUAUGUCCCGCUGGUGAAUACUUCCUCGCGGAAUACGUCAGACAGCAGUUGGAGCGCAACGCUCCCGGAACUCCUUCCGGCGUCACUGCUUCGAGGGGACACCGGGUGUGCACGCACACCUUGACAAAUCGUCCAGCCCGAUGGAAAUAUUCAGCAGCCUAUUCCCAGAGGAGUUGUUUCAGACAAUUGUGGACGAAACGAAUCGGUGCACUCGACAGAACCCACAAACCACAUGAAGGGGUGGGAGGACACAACGGUGCGGGAGGUCCGUUUAUUUGUCGGCCUUAGGUCCUCAUGGGACUUCAGGCUUCAGACCCAUUGAUGUCCUCGUCUGUGUUCGCCACGACUGUGUCCAGGGACCGCUUCGACACCCUUACCUCCGCCCUCCACUUCGCUAACAACGAAGGGGAGCACAGGGCGGAGGACCGGUUGUGGAAGCUGCGCCCUGUGAUUGACGUCUUGGACUCGACGUACCGUUCCGUUUUCGUCACCAACAGGAACGUAACCGCCGACGAGAGCUUGUGGGCCUUCAAGGGCAGGCAUCAAGCCCUGCAAUAUAACCCGAGCAAAAGGGCUCAGAGGGGCUUGAAGGUCUACAAGCUGUGUUCGUCCGACGGUCCAGAGGCAGGGUAUACGACGGCCUUCAAUAUCUACAUGGGGCAGGAUUGCGGCGAGUUUCCAGCGAGUAUGAAGGCCAUCGACGACCUGAUGGAGAAGGCAAAGCUGCUCGACAAGGGGUAUCAGUUGUGCCCAAACAACUGAUAUUCAUCCCCGACUCUCUGCCACUAUCUGCAGGCCCGGAAAACCAGCGCCGUUGGCACAGUACGUGACAACAGGCGGGGUAUGCCGUCGGACCUGCAAGCGAUUUGGGGACAAAUCGACUUCCGGAGUAAUAACACCGGAAUGCUUUGCCUGCAGUAGUCCUGUGACAAUGCUAUCCACUGCCCACAAGUCAAAGGUCGUUACCCUGCCUCCCAACCGCCGAGGGGUGGAGAGGUCGAAGCCCGAGGUCCCUGUCUGUUACAACAACGGCAUGAAGGGCAUCGACCUCUCGGAUCAGCUCGUGUAGUCACAUCCAGCCACCAAGAAGACCAUCAAGUGGUAUAAGGUUUUCUUUUACUUUGCUGGAUAUGACUACUGUCUGUCCACCGGGCCCUCGGCGGUACAUUUUCACAGUACAAGUUCCGUACGGAAUUUGUCCGGGAAUUGCUGCAGCAAGGUGGCCGACCUGGCUCCUUCUGGCAGAAUCCUCCUCAGAACCAACCUGAGGAGGAUCCCCAGCAGCCGCACAUGCCAUUCGACACCCCUUUCCGGAGGUAGCGGAGAUGUGGAUUCUGCUGGAGGACCGACCGGCGCAGGAAGGAGACCAGAGUCAUGUGUUCCAGCUGCGGCAUGUCCGACGCCAUGUUUUCAGGCAUUCCAUGCCAGAAAACACUUAAUUUGUAUAUAAAUAUAUAUUUGUACUUAUAUAAAUAUGUAUAUUUUUUUCAAUUUUUGAAAAAAUAAAAAUUCGACUUAC